AUUCAAAUAAAUCGACAAUGUGCAUCGUCUUCAUGUACUUUUGUGACGACCCGAGCCCUGAUGGAUACCGGCUAAUUGUUGCAUCAAACAGAGAUGAGGUUUAUUCCAGGCCUACAGCCCAAGCAAAGUUUUGGGAGGAAUAUCCUGAUAUCAUUGCAGGAAUGGACAUGAAGUCAGGCAGGGAAGGAGGAACAUGGAUUGGAAUGAAAACUGACGGCAAAUUUGCUGCCACUACGUUUUACAGACAGUCGAAAAAGUUCAUUGUCUCUAAAGCAAAAGGGAGAGGACAUCUCGUUUCAGACUUUCUUAAGGGAGACGAUGAUGCUGAGAAUUACCUCAAGAAAGUUCGUGACGAAGGAGACCUCUACAAUGGAUUCAAUCUGUUGGUGGGCGAAUUGUCGCCGAAUGGUGAGACCAAGAUGGGAUGGUACUGUAACAUUGAAGAUAAACAAGUCACAAUGUUGAAACCUGGGAUUCACGUUUUAUCUAACAAAACGUUGAACUGUUCUUGGCCCAAGAUGGGUUAUGGAAAAAAAAGAUUCGCCAGGAUAAUAGAAACAACUUCAACUAAAGAAGAUCUUGUUGACGAGCUGUUAUGGAUGCUGAAUGCCCGGCAGAGAUCUUUUAGUGUCAGUUGCGGGGAUCACAACAACUUUAUUGCGGCUCAAGAUGAAGGGUUUGAUGACGCUAUUAUUGAAGCAUCACGGGCAAUUUUUGUCAGGCACCAAGUUAUGAAUUUUGGAACAAGAACCAACACAGUGAUGUUAGUUGAUGCCACUGGACACGCUACGUAUGUCGAGAGAACCAUGGACGAGCACGCCUCUGACCCUGAUGAAGCAGAGUGGACAGUGAACUCAUAUGAGUUUGAAAUGUUCCAGAAGACUGAAGCCUGCACUGAGCACGAAAAAUCAAAAGAAAAACCUAAAAGAAGGAAGAAGGGCGCUUGGAAGAUAGAAAGCAUCCCGGAGAAUGGCAUUUAGCCUAGCUUGGAAAGAAAUUGACGUAGUUAUAAAUCAAUUAUUUCCUUACCUACAACCCGUUAAGCUUAAACGAUAUACGCGUAUUUGUUUAUAAUGAAACACUAGAGGUGACCGUUGUACAGAUUUAUUAGCUCAAUUUUGUUUCUGGUGAUUUCCGAGGAUUAUUUCGUUGUAUUUUUAUUUGAUUUUAAAAAAGUGUAAUUCUCUAGUUAGCACUAUAAUACUAGACAAAAGAUAAUCUGUAAUCUGCAGUUCUCGACUAAAUCAAUAACCGGCGGUUGUUAGAAACGACAGCGUAUGGAGUCACUGCAAGGAGCGCGACAUGUACGCUUGAGAUUUACGUUUUAACUGCAUUUCUUUUGACGUGGCUUCAAAAAUAUGUAGAAAACAAAAAGGAUGGAAUAGAGGCUGCAUGGUUUAUCGGCUAAUAUUCCACUCCGAUCUCAGCCAAUAUUUGAAAAACGAGACGUCAUCCAUAACAAUUCUUCAGCAAUAAACUUGAAAUGAAUGGAAAAGAAAGUUUUUAAUUGUAUUCCAGAUUCUAUUCACAAUCUCUCUGAGACAAUUGAGAUGAAUGUCCUUUCAAGAGUUUGUUGAAGUUCUACGCUUGUUGGAGUCCGUUGUCGCUGCGCCUCCUAUAUUUGCAUAAGCUCUGUUUUAAGUUUAUCUCAAAGCCGGGAACUGCGGCUCCCAAGAGUAAUUUGGGAAACCAAGGCUUGCGAGGGCCAAUACGAGAAAACCUAAAUAAUUGAUAUCGCAAUUACUUCCGAAAUGUGUUUUAACGGUUAUAACAAAAGGUGUUGCUGGCGGGACAUUAGAAGCAUCCAGUGCCCUAAACAAUAUUUAUUUUUCUUUAAUACCAUUAACAGGAUAAAAAUUCAACUAAUACUUUGAUUCGUUAAUUUAGAAAUCGACGAAAAUAAAUUGUGUGUUAAAAAUAUAUAUUUCUGUGAAAAAGCUAUGAAAAGGCCAGUUGAAUCAAAUAAAUAUUAAACUGGGGUAAAUAUUGAA